GGCGGAGAAGCGGCGGACCGUUCGCGCUCCUCUCUGGGCGAGCCGCGCGUGCAAGCAAGCGGCUGGCUGCUGGUGGUUCUUGCUGGGCCAGCAAACGUCGUCGUCGCCGACGCACGCCGCUAGCGCCCCCCGGCGAUCGCCACGAAGGGUGCACGCGUCGGCAGCAGCCCCUUCUGUUUGGAAGUCGUGCGCCUCCACAGGUGGCCCGCGGUGCGAGAGAGCAGCCAGCGCAGCGCGCGCACACACGCACGACGUUCGCCGCUACCGCUGCUGUUUGGCCGAUGGAUUCGUCAGCGGCGCUGGCCGCACGGGAGAAAGAGGCUGGCGCGGCGCCUGCCGGACCACGACGACUACUACGACGGCGGCGACGACUACUAAGCGCUUAGCGCAGCGGGAGGGCACGCAACCGACCGCUAGCGUAGCGCGGCCCCCGCGCGGCGGCGUCCGCUGGGUGGUCCGUGACGGACGGCGUUGGUUGCGCCUGCUGCGUUUGGAAAAGACUUCUCCGGCGUUCAACUUGGCUCGCUUACCCUUCUCUCGCCAUCGCCUUGCCGCCCCCCACACCCCGACUCGCCGCCCCCUAGCAAGAGACGACAGCGAUCGACACAUCUUGCGAAUCGCUCCGCGCUCUUCCUCCGGCUCCUCCCGUGAAUUGUGCAUUUUUUUUUUCCUCUCUCGCUGACGCCCGAACAGCUGGAACUCCCCCACCCGCUUCCAUAGCCAACAUCCGCAUCCCUCCUCCGAAACUUUCUUCGCAACGACGGAGGAGUGUGUAUAAGCUUCAAAGCGCGAACAGGUCGCAGCCGGCGUUCGACUCGGUGGCUCGCCCAGGAGCGGAUGCUCAAUAAGACCGAUACGCGAGGCGAGCCGUUCUCUCUUGUCUUUGCUUUCCUCUCCUUCCUUCCCAUCGGCGACAUCGAGCGCGACGCGCAGUGUCGUCGUCGUCUUUUUCCCACGAGGGAGCUCCGACUGUCUCCUAAACGUCACGCGGGAGUAUAGUGUCGCUCGUGGCUGCAUCACUCCCACCGCCGCCCACGACAUACCACCUCCCCCCGCCCCCCCUCCCCCCUUCGUCUUCUUGUUCUUCUCGGCUGCCUGUGUGCUACACGCGUCGUUUUAUGCCGAGCGGGGCAUUAUUUUUCGUCCCCGCUUUUGUUUCCCGUGCCGUCGUGUCCGGGGGGACUCCUGCGAGAAGAUGGCACUGGGCCGCGUGAGUUGUGACCGGCGGCAAAUUUAGCGUCGACCACAAAAAACGCCCGCCUACCCGCCGUUGUCGGCGUCUUCUUCUUGCUCUUCUUCCUGUGGUCGUAGUCUCGCGCGACGCCUGGCUCGCACACGCUCCGAACAGGAAGCGGUGGUCGCGCGGCGCCGCUCCGACCGUAAAAGCGACGCAAGUGGACGACAAGCCUCUGCAGCGCAACAGUGCAUUGCGAAAGGACGUGUCGCCGGCUGACGUCACCGAUCCCUGGGCGAGCUUUCCGGAGGCCCCCCUUCAUCGCGGCGCGAACUUGAAGAACGGGAGCCAUGGGCGGAGCCACGCAUUUGAGGUGGUUGCUCCUUCUCUGUCUCUGCUGGAAAUCGUUGACGCUGUCCCCCGAAGUUGGGCAAGCGCCGCAUUCGACGCAAUCGAAGGCGGCAGACCUGCGCCGGCGCAACAGCAUCGGAGCGGACGGCAGCCCGCCGUCGUCCGCCUCAGCGGCGGCUGCCGCUGAGGCCACAGCCGGUGUGCCCUUGAGCCGAAGCUGGACGAGCUGGAGCCCCUGGUCGCCGUGCUCGAGAUCAUGCGGUGGCGGGCUCUCCUACCAGACACGGCGCUGCCUUGGAAGGCCUCCGCGACAUCGGCGUGUGCGCAACAGCAAGAAGGCUGGUCGCUGCCGUGGACCUGCCAAGCGUUAUCGAAUCUGCGGCGUUGAGCCGUGUAACGCAAACGAAACCGACCCGAGACAGGAGCAGUGCUCUGCCUUCGACAACAUGAGUUUCGGAGGCAAUAAGUACGUGUGGAAGAAGUUCCUCAGGGAACCCGCCGACUGCCAGUUGCAUUGUCAGCCGAUGGGCCAUCGCUUCUACGCCACGCUGGCCAAGCUGGUGAGAGACGGCACCCCUUGUUCCACUGGCCUGGACGAUCGCGUCUGCAUUGGCGGCAGCUGCCUGGCAGUGGGCUGCGACGGCGUGGUGAGCUCACGCCGCAGCGCCGACCUGUGCGGCGUGUGCGGCGGUGACAACGCGACGUGCCGGACGUUCUCGGGCCUGCUGACGCUGCGCAACUUGUCCAAGGACUACGAGGUGAUCGCGGUCAUACCCAAGGGUGCGGCCAGCCUCGUGGCCACGUCAGAAGGAAACAGACUCGCCGUGAAAGACGCCGAGAACGGUCGCUUCAUACUGAACGGCAACGCCGGCGUGUGGGAUCCUGCCGGCGUGUACGCGGGCGCAGGCACCCGUUUCCACUACCGCGUCCAGAAUCGCACCGGCACCCAGUCCUUGGAGGCCAGAGGACCUCUCGCCAGGCCUGUCCACCUCAUGCUGGUGUUCCGCAGCCCAAACCUAGGCGUCAAGUUCCAGUACAGUGUGAGCAGCCGCGUGGCCAACAAGGGUGUGCCCCCGUCGGCACCAGCGGACGAGCCUUCGCUCGGCGGACAGUUCCUGCGGUCACGCGCCGUGCUCGAGACGGGCCCGUUCCGCUGGCAGCUGACUUUCACUUGCAGCAAAACCUGCGGCACAGGGCUGCUGCACACGGUGGCCAGUUGCGUGCUUUCGGCCACUGGAGCGCCGGUGCCAGAGGAGCACUGCUCAAACCUUCCACGAUUGAGGACCCCGCCGAGCCCGUCGCAACCGGUGCCGUGCAAUACGCAGCCCUGCCCCACCGACCGCAGCAGCCGCAGUGGCGCUGGAGGCGACAUGGACGGCAGUCCUCGCUGGCAGGUGACCUCCGACUGGUCCGCCUGCUCGGCCACGUGCGGCGACGGCCUGCAGCGGCGUACCGUUGUCUGCGUGGGGCUGAGAGGCGGCGCCCUGCGGGACUCGGCGUGCAAUCAGGAGAAACCGCCCUCGGUGAAGCCCUGCAACUCGAAGCCCUGCGCUGUCUGGCAAGCCGGUCCCUGGGGGAAGUGCAGCAGCGAGUGUGGGAAAGGAAUGCGCAAGCGCGAGGUGAGCUGUGGGCCAGGCCUGAAGGUGUCUGCCUGCAAAGCCUCCGAGAAACCCGUCACCGAGCAGGUGUGCGAGAUGCCACCUUGCUCGAGCACCUGGUUCUUCUCAGCCUGGUCCGAGUGUUCCGUCAAGUGUGUUCCGGGCGUUCAGAGGAGACGAGUCUUCUGCGUCCCCGGACAGAAUGAAUGUGACAUGCUGGAUAAGCCUUCGUCCCAGCAACCAUGCCUUGAGCUUUGCACAGGGACCUGGUUCGUGGGACCCUGGUCAAAGUGCCUUCCCGGUUGCGGCAACGGGACGCGCGAACGCCAGGUUCUGUGCGUCGGCCAGCAGGGAGGCCGAUGGACGACGGUGCUGCCCGAUGGCCACUGCGGCUACACAGAGCGGCCGCUCGCCUCGGAACCCUGCGAAACGCCCUGUGCGCCAGAGUGGCAUACGUCCGCGUGGAGCACUUGUUCGACUUCAUGCGGUGGCCGCGGAAGCCAGACGCGCCAGUCGCUGUGCUUGGACGUCAACGGGGAAGUGGCAGGCAUCGAGGCCUGCUCGGAGUCUUCGCGACCUUCGGCCAGGCGUCCGUGCGGCCUGUCCGCGUGCCCCGCGGAGACGGCCGAAGAACGGGGCUGUCGGGACACCCGGAAUCGGUGUGCGCUGGUGGUGCAGGCGCGCCUCUGCAGCUACCCGUACUUCCGCCAGGGAUGCUGCGCUUCGUGCCGCCGCGCCGCCUCCAGCCACCCCCCGCCGGAUGAGGACAGCGCCUGAGUCCGUGUUUCACGCUCGACGAGGAACAUCUCUGCAGGAAGCCGCGGCGGUCGCAUGCACGCCUCUUGAAGAGUCCGUAGUGCAGCACUUCCUGAAGAAAGCAGUUCGGGCGCUUCGCCAACACUACCCUAACAACGACUUGGCACUCCAGCAACGCGAUUGUUUCAUCCGGUUCAGGCCGUGACCAAUCGGAACAUAAGCGGGCGCAGCGUGCUUCUUAAAGGGAACCUCGAGCAAUAGGGUUCUGAUCGCCAAAAGCGGCCCUGGUGGGAAGUCGUCAUCGCUUGCUGUCGUCUAAGGAACCAACCUUGCGAGCAGUAUGCUCAUCAGGCGAGAGGAAACCUCUUGACGCCUAUGAAUUAUCCGGCGACAAGCGUCAUGGCCCCAAUCGCCGAGCGUGGAUGAAUUUAUUUCAUUGGAGCAGUCGCUGACCCCCAAAGUGCCCUGGACGUCGAAGCGCUGUCGCACCCUAAACUUGCACCUGCACUGAGCAAACAGUGUUGAUUCGCCUGUGCGCUUAUUGGCAAGCGCCUGAACUAUAAGACUUAUGUAUCAGUGGCUUUGCCACCCGUGUUGUUCAUUGCCUUGCCAUUUUUUAGCGUAGACUAACGCGUUUUAUUUACGCACCUGGAUGACGUAAACAUAUAGGAAACUGUGCUGACUUUGACCUUGGCCAGCAAGCGUUGCUUUCGCUCGUGCGGGCCUGGUGUCCCAGUUAUUGACUGCGAUAAAGUGUCGAUUGAACUAUGCGGCGGAACGCGAACUGGAAGCGAGAUAUCUGCAAGGCUGAGCGAUUAUCUUUGUACAUAGUUAGGUACUAUCGUAUAACGAGGGUACCCUCUAAGUGCAGCUGUUGUUUCUCGUAGUUAUAGACGCAUAUGUGUGUCGUGUAUAACAGGCAAAUGUGCUACAUCUUGAGUACAGUGAGGAGAUUCGUAUUUCACUUGCCCAUGUUGCGCCUUCGCUUUACGCAAAUAUUGCUCGGGAAAGAAAGAUGGCUGUUCUUCAUCCCUGCAAAUUGAACGCGGCACAUCAAUGUCCCGCUUGGACUAACGUUUGGAAGUUGCUAUGUGAGCGUAGCGGUGUAUAAUAUUGGAAUGCCUGCAAACAGACGACGUGCGCCGAGGCUUCGAAUAUGCGUUUGGAAUUGUCUGUUCGCGGCCUCUUAUUGAGGAGUGAAAUACCGCGGCGCGCGAGUCGUUGCAACUGCUGGCGCAUAGUACAAGGCGCAGAUAAUUUUUACGAUAUAUUGAAGAGGGUCAAAUAACAGCUUAAGCACUCAUGCAGUUAUCGCCCCUUUCCACUUAUGAAAAUGUUCUCCACUCUGACGUUACAUCCCACUGGAUACUCAUAGGAAGGCGUAGCUUGUGCCAUAUAUGGCGUGUUAAAUUUAGAGUACGUCGUGAUGUCAUAUUUAGUAUUAAGCAUCCUGCUACAUGCUCUCCGUAGGAAGGUUUCGCGCUCGUUCCAUAUUCGAACCAUGCGGUGAAGCUGAAAGCAGGUGCACCGCUGUUGAGCAGGCCGUGUGAUUCAGGGAAACUGACUUGCACUGUUUCGGAGCGAGUCCAUAGAGUCGCUCACAUUAGUGCAUUGACAUUUACGGAGCUCACUUGUCGCACGGCUUUACUUGCAAAUUACGGCUUAGCGCCCGUCUACAAGAAGAGAAAAAAUCUGCCAAUUCGAACAUAAAAUUUGUUGCGGAAUGCAGGACGAAUGUAAUGCUUGGAACAGGAAGCCUUUGUUCUUGGGCUUCAAUUACCAGAAUUGUCGUCUUGAUCCUCCAAGUUUCUUGAUGAACAUGUUCAAAGUGUUGAUUUGUCCUUUCUGUCUCCCUGAAUGUGCGCCAGAAUGCGAAUGUUUUAGUUAUGUGCCGUGUUGUCUUUACCAUAGCGCGAACUCACUGUGAUUAUUGACUCUCUGUGGAGUAGAAAACUUGGAGCAGGUCACUGGGGGAGGGGGAUAAAAGUAAGUGUACGCUUUUGUGUGCGCAGACUUGAACAACAAGGAAUGGCUUAAACACAUAGGAGGAAGUUGUUCAUCACCUCAUUCAGCCUUUACUAUUACAUGCAGUGGGGCCUGCUUUAAGGAUAACUAUGGUUUUCCCACUGGCGAAAACGUUUAAAAGGUAUGUUCCGCUUUGACAAAGCCAUAAGCCGACUACCAAAAACGUACCUAGUUUAUAAUAUUUCAAGAAAGUGGGCAUAACCUUUGCAGCCGGUUUAACUGCGGAAGAUGCAGUCGAUAGCGCAGCGCAUCGGCAUCCGCGCAGCAUACAAAUUAGAACGAGAAUAUUUUUGCAUUUUUGUGGACAUAGAAGUUGCACGAAUAUGGUUUCACGUCACUUAACGUCCUCACUGAUAAUGAUGAUGAUAACAAUAAUAAGAAGAAAUAAUAAUAAUAAUUCAUAAUUUAAUGUAGUGUUCAGGAACAUCUAUGAAGCCUUUGUACUGGUGUACUUAAAAACUAGGGCGAUACAUGACGUAAUAAAACAAAUGAGGAGAAAAAAGCAGACGUGGCCAUAAAAGCGAGAUAAUCAUACGACAUUAUUAUCUACACUUGUGCAGAACACAGUAAAUGAACUGGGAUAGGGAUAAUACGUGCUAUAUCUUGUUGAUGGUGAUCGAGCCAUAGGAUAUUGUAUAUUGCUAUAUGGCUGCGCAGAAAAUUCUAAACAAGAAUUGCAGCAAGUAACAACGUUUUAACAGCUAUAUCAGCAGAGCAGACACUUCGCAUUUUCCUGAGCUCCUUGUAGAUAGCGCGCAGAGUACUCCCAGUAUAAGACAACGUCUUUUCUAACCUAAUGGGGCACACACAACUGGGAAUAGAGGUCGCUAUUUACCGAGCCCACAUCGAAUGGUAAUACCGAGUGCGUCCAGCUAUAUUAUCACAGACAUUAUACGCCACCGCAAACGAGCUACAAUACCUCAGUCUCAUCGCUCGCCGCGGAAACGCAGUGUUCGAAGCUAAUAUUCACUGCCACGUUAUCAGCAGUCUACCACCACUCAUUAAACGGACACUGCCAACGAGUUAUCACUGGAGCAUGGCGCAUAACCUAACCAUCGCACCAUUUUUUUCCUCCUCUAAUGUACAGGUUAGUGUUGUUUAUGCGUGAGCUAUGAAUGUCACUCCUGACACCUAUGUCUACAGAACUUCCAGAAAUUAGCAUAAAAUGAUAAGUACAUAAAUUUCUUGCAUUAUUCCAAGGCCAAGAAUAAUCUAACUAUUCCAUUCCAGCGAUAUUUCUUUUCACACUCGAUCAGUCCUCCUACAGUGCCGCGUUCUGUUCACGUUAUCACUGGAACUGGCUAGUCGUGAACGGUGAAUGAUGAGGAAGUAAUAGAACUGAGCGAAAUAAAUGCUCACAAUAACUAUACCCAUCCACCUUGUUUUCUGUGGUUUGUAACUGGCAUAAGCAAGCAUUUUCACGGUACAUACAGUUAAUUCGGCCUAGUUCCGCAUCGCCACAUUAUGCCUCCUCCCAUGUUCGCGAACCCAUCCGUAUAUAGUCUGUUGUUUGCCUAGACAAAAUUUUAGCAGAAUUUUCUCACAGAAGGACACGAGAUUCGAAGGAAUCUUUGCAGUACGUCACUGACUAGCCACUGCCAAGCUUUUACCUUUCUUUUUCUCGACUCGGUGCCAGAAAACGUUAAGUCAGACACAAUAAAUUGUGAAGUUCGGUCUGUGUGCCAAAGAUUCAAUCAAGUGCACUGUCAUGCAAUGGCCAUUUGUUUCAGUGUUUUUUUUUUUUUUUCACUUAACUAUGUGAAAUACUAUAUGCGUGCCCAAGUGGUCAUGAGAGUGCAGCGUUGGAGCGUAUUCAUGAAACACUGCGAGCUAUGCCCUACGUACAAGCUCACGUGUGUCUGCGCGUGUGUGUCUGUAGUGAGCUUUCUCUUUGACUGAAGCUCCUGUCAAUCGCUGUGCACGCAUUUUCUCUCUGACGUACAAAUCAUAAUCUCGAACUGCAAAAGUGCCAAAUUUUUUCCAACAUAGUAGGCACCACGUGCAUGACGCAAAUGUUUAUACAGAACUAACAACUCUAAACACUGAUCGACGAACAGGUCUCCUCGAACAACUGUGUUCAUAUACAAACAAUGGAAAGUGUUCUUGUGGCUAGAAGUAUUAUAUAAGUCGUAAAUUGUUAAGCCUAUGGUAAGCUUAGUUUAAAUUCGACGGAGCUGCUAAAACAUACUUCGCAGUGUUUCUUUUUUUUUCCUUUUUUUAGAAGCUUCUUUUACCGUAAGUAAUCAGGGGCCUAAUUCACGAAGCGUUUCCUUCGUUAAUACUUUUUGCCAUUGGCCAGCCGCCCUCGCUAAUAUAUCCGGCAUCAGGAUUUACUAGAAUUUUGUCUUACGAAAAAUCCUAGCGUAAGAGGUUUUCGUGAAUACGGGUCCAGGGGAGCCCCCAACGUAAAGCCGUUCCCAAUGCUAUGGAUUCACACGACGUAAUCAUUCAUGCGUGGACAAGCGUGACCGUCAUUCAGUAUCGCUCCGCGCGAUGCGACGUCCUUAUGUGUGCCGGAGUUUGGGGCCGCUGAGUGACGUCAUACUCGUCCGCAGAACGAACCAGUGAUAUUGUCCGUCGUGUGAAUCUAGCUUUAACGUGGGAAAGGUCGCGUUGUUUAAAAGCCGUGUUAGCGAAAACGAAGUCCGCGAGUGGUGUCGCGGCAUUUCGGCAGCAUGCAGUUUUUGUGCCAUGGUUCCACUGCCGGCCUAUAUUAUACGUCAUAGGUUAGCGGAGUGCAGCUUUCCUUUGUGGACGAAUGUGCGAGAUUUUUCUUCGACGUACAUAAAAUUCGUUCGUGUUGUGUCGUUUUGAAGGCGCGAGCCCGUGGGCAGGCAGGCGAGUGGUUGUUUUCAAUGCCAGCAGGUCCUUCGCAAGUGCUGAGCCACUGCGCCAGCACAACUCCUGUAUAUUCUGAGACCAUUUCACACUUAUGUGCACGAAUGACAGAAGACAUUGUUUUAUGGAGCACGCAGGUUUCUAUCCAGCAGAGCGGAAUUUCGUCACCUCUCACUAAAGAGCUGAAUGUGUUUCAUUCAAGUUGUACUCAACCGAGAGAAAUAUGGAAAGCUCUUCAUCGAAAUGCAGAGAAUUCUGCGCCUGCAUGAUACUCUGCGUAGGGAGGGGGGUCGUGGGCAGAAAAACCCUAAGAGGAGGAGGACGGGAAAAGGAAAAUAGAAGGCAAGAUAAUAUAUGAUCACGGUAUCUACAGAUGAGACAAGGUGAUGGUACUGAAAUCUGCAGGCUAGAGCUAUACUCUUAACGACAAAUGAUGCCAGAAAAGAUGAUGAUUUGUCUAUGCUUGCGAGUCUUUCGAGACAGUUUACUUGGCUCUACAGGAAACCUUAUACAGGCCUGAGUAGCUCUAACAGGCACAAAAGAGCUUUUUCUUUAACACCUUCCAUCCAGGCGAUGUAGAAACGCAAAAACAAAAUAUAGUAGGCGCAAGUUCCUUUCGUAGAUUGGCAGGGGGCCGCAUUGCUUGUUGAACGCUGCCUUUUGAGAUUUUUGUUUGUGCUUGUCGCCGUGUAUAUUUAUUAGACGCUGUAUUAAGCUAAUGCAAUGGUCAGUGUAGCGGCAUUGCGUUGCUGUACUCCGAUUUUGCAUUUAAGCGUUGCAGAGUCUCAAAGGAAUGAUGCAGAAUACAGCAUGACUGCGUGUUUGGAGAUAUGUGCACUGGUACUUUUUUUUUUUUUUUUUACUCAAAGUAAGAAGCAAGCGCUAUGAACGCGCCUUGCGAGCUCUGUCGCAAAUUCUUCGCCUCGCCAACUUCGCUCUACGUAACGCUACGUAAUUCCACGAUGAUGAACGUCUGUGAAAUGCCUUUUUUUUUUUGUUGCUUUGUAGAAUAAAGUGAGCGUCCCAGAUGUACUUAUUCAUA